AUGGCAACCGAAUAUCGAGUGCAGGAGCAAGUGCAGCGUGAUGCAUCGAGCAAAUUGAAGGUCAUCGUCGUCGGUGCCGGCCUUGGUGGCCUCGGCGCGGCCAUUGCCGUGCUGCUGGCCGGCCACGAUGUCACCGUGCUCGAGAGCACGUCACAAAUUGGCGAGAUUGGCGCCGGUAUCCAGGUCCUGCCCAACUCAGCCCGCGUGCUGUUUGCCUGGGGCCUGCAGGACCGACUGGACCCGUUUGCCACCCGGCCGCAGACCUGCAACUUCUUCGGCUGGAAGGGCAACCGGUUGGCCUCCAUGGACUACCAUGCGUAUGGCAAGGCCUCCCAUGGUGUCUUCUGGGAUUUUCAUCGUGCCAACCUGCAUCGCGUGCUGCUGGAUCGGGCCGUCGAGCUGGGUGCCGUGGUCCAGACGAGCGCGCGAGCCGUCAACGUGACCGUCCUCGAGAGCGACGGCCAGUCGUCGGCGACCGUCCAUCUGGCCAAUGGCCGCACUGUCUCGGGCGACCUCGUCGUCGGCGCUGACGGAAUCAACUCGCAGCUGCGUGAGGUCCUCGUCGGCCACGAAGACCCGCCCACGCCGACGGGCGAUCUUGCCUACCGGCUGCUGCUCGACACGGCCGCCAUGAUGGAUGACCCGGAACUGCGCGAGAUGGUGCAGAACCCACAGGUCAACUACUGGGUCGGACCCGAGACCCACGCCGUCAACUACGUCCUCCGAGGUGGCAAGCAGCUCAACAUGGUCCUCCUCGUGCCAGACAACCUGCCGCCCGGUCAGCUUGCCUCCACUGGCACUGGAACCGCUCAGGAGAUGCGCGACCUCUACGCCGGCUGGGACCCACGCAUCGAGAAGCUCCUCGGUCUCUGUGCCGAGGCCGAAGUGCUCAAAUGGCGCCUCUGCAUCCGUCCUGGCCUCGAGCCUACUUGGUCCCAUCCGGCCGCCAGCUUCACCCUCACCGGCGACGCCGUUCACGCGACCCUGCCCUAUCUAGCCAGCGGCGCAGGCAUGGCCCUCGAGGACGCUGGCGUGCUCGGUCUCUGUCUCGCCCGCCUCACUGACAAGUCGGCCGCAUCCAAGCGCCAUGCCCUCGCCGUCUACGAGGCCUGUCGGCGUGCCCGCACCGAAAAGGUCGUCCAGCGCGGCACCUACAACCAGCACAUGUACCAUAUGCCCGACGGCCCCGACCAGGUCGCCCGGGAUGCCAAGAUGGCCCACUACGAUGAGGUCGACCGCCAGUGGCUUGCCCAGGAAAAGCCCGUCCUGCCCGUGUCCGACGAGACCGGCGACGAUCCAUUCCCGUGGCGCUACCACGGCGUUGCGCGCUGGCUGCUGACUUACGACAUGUGGAAGGACGUCGAGGACCAUUGGGAUGCGGUGCCAAAGGACAUCAAGGCAAACAUAUAG